GCGCGCCUUUACCGGAAAUACGUCAUGAGGCAAGAUGGCCGCUGACACGGGUGAUUCCGGCAACGUGACUGCCCGGUGGUGAGGUAGACCGGACGUGUGCGCUGCUGGCCGGGGCACUGGGUGUUCAGGGAAAAUAAAAGGAGACCUUCUAGUACCUUGAGCAGGGAAGAUGUCGUCGUACAAGCCUGUGGCCGUUCCAUCUUACCCCAAGCUUGGGGAGAAGAUCACACAGGAUACGUUGUACUGGAGGCGCUACAAGACUCCCGUUCAGAUAAAGGAAUUUGGUGCUGUAACAAAAAUUGACUUUUCACCUGUACAGCCGUGUAAUUAUGCUGUCACCGCAUCUACCCGGAUCCACAUCUAUGGCAGAUAUUCUCAGGAGCCUAUCAAAACAUUUUCCCGCUUUAAAGACACUGCCUAUUGUGGAACAUAUCGAGGCGAUGGGAAGUUGCUUGCGGCGGGCUGUGAAAACAGUGUGGUGCAGCUGUUUGAUAUCAAUGGAAAGGCUGCUUUGAGACAAUUCAUCGGACAUAGCAAAGCCGUGCAUUUUGUGGAUUUCACUGCAGAUAAUUUUCGGAUUGUGUCCGGCUCAGAUGACUAUGCGUCCAAAAUCUGGGACAUUCCAAAUGGCAUAGAAAUCUCCACCUACAAAGAGCAUACGGACUACGUGCGCUGCGGCUGUGCGAGUAAACUCAAUGACGAUCUGUUUGUUACAGGCUCCUAUGAUCAUACUGUAAAGGUUUUUGAUGCUCGAACAGAAAACAGCGUGAUGACCAUGCAACAUGAACAACCUGUGGAGAGUGUCCUGCUCUUCCCUUCAGGGGGGCUUCUCGUCUCUGCAGGUGGUAGAUAUGUGAAAGUGUGGGACCUGCUGAAGGGAGGACAGUUAUUGGUGUCAUUAAGAAAUCAUCACAAAACCGUAACCAGCCUGUGCCUCAGUAGCUCUGGUCAGAGGCUGCUGUCUGGAUCACUAGACCGGCACGUGAAGGUCUACAGCACGAUGAACUACAAAGUUGUACAUAGUUUUGACUAUGCUGCCUCAAUCUUAAGCCUCGCCUUGGCUCCCGAUGAUGAAAUGAUUGUGGUGGGAAUGACCAAUAGCGUCUUGAAUGUAAAACAUCGGAAGCCUGAGGAGAAGAAGUCGAAUGAACCUGUAGCGAAGAAACGUCCCAGAUACAGAAUGUUUGUGAAAGGGAAGGACUACGUGCCGAAACAGGAUGACUUCAUUGUCAGUAAACCAGUAAGACAACGCUUAAAGAAAUAUGACCAGCUGCUCAGAGGUUUCCAGGUGUCUGCCGCUCUUGAUGCUGUGCUAGAGACUCAGGUUAGAACCGCAACCCCAGAAGUGACUGUGGCAGUGAUGAAUGAAAUCGAACGAAGAGGAACUCUCAAAAACGCCCUAGCCGGGAGGGAUGAGAAACAGCUCAGCUUAAUGCUCAACUUCCUCAUCAAGCACAUGGUAGAGCCUCGAUUUGCCCCAAUAUUGUUAAAUGUGGCAGAAAAUGUAAUUGACAUAUAUUCUUCUGUCACAAACCAGUCCUCUGUAGUGGAUAAAUUAUUUCUGAGGCUCCAAGACACACUGGAAAAAGAAAUCAGUUACCAGGAAGAACUCCUCGAAGUUUUGGGAAUGAUGGACACGCUAUUUGCCACUAUGGCCAGCAAGAAAACAACAGUCUCCAGAGAGACCGGACCAAGUAUUCCAGAGGAAAAGAACUUGAUGGCAGUAAAAUCCUCCUCAUGAUCCAGCCAUAUUCAGUGAACAUAUAUUUUUGUACCACGUUUUAAGAUAUUUUAUAUGGGAUGGAUUGAUCCAGAUCGAAUGUCAGCGCCGUUUUAAAUCCCAUGCUGCCAAUUUCAUCAUUUUGAUGGUUGAAUGGUCACAACCUUUUAAAGAAAGGUGACUUCAGUUUUACAUGAACUCUUUUUCUUGCAUUGCUGGCCUGUACAUGAAUACAGGGUGAAGGGCCUUGCCCACUUCCAUUCA